CAAAGCGUGCAGAAUGCCCCACAAGAUUGGAUUUGUAGUUGUCAGCUCAUCCGGACACGAAGACGGCUUCAGUGCCCGGGAACUCAUGAUUCACGCGCCGACCGUCAGUGGGUGGAGGUCACCAAGAUUUUGCCAGUUUCCACAAGAAAUUGUUCUUCAAAUGGUGGAGAGAUGUCGAAUAAGAAAACUACAGUUGCUUGCUCACCAAUAUAUGAUUGCAAGUAAAAUUGAGUUCUACAUUAGCGAAAGCUUGCCUGAGUAUUUUGUACCAUAUCAAGGAGAGCGGUUUCGAAGACUUGGGUAUGUGUCUCUCUGUGAUAACGAAAAGACGGGUUGCAAAGCCCGGGAACUAAAAUCAGUUUAUGUAGAUGCAGUCGGGCAAUUUCUUAAACUGAUUUUUCACCAAAACCAUGUCAACAAAUACAACAUAUACAAUCAGGUUGCUUUGGUUGCGAUAAACAUCAUUGGAGACCCUGCAGAUUUCAGUGAUGAAAGCAAUAUUACCUCUAGAGAGAAGCUGCUUGACCAUUAUCUUGGGCAGAACACAGAGGAUCCGGCUCUAGAAGGAACUUAUGCUGGGAAACCUGACUAUAUCUCUCCACUAGAUGACUUAGCUUUCGAUAUGUACCAAGAUCCAGAAGUUGCACAGAUUAUACGCAAAUUAGAUGAAAGAAAACGCGAAGCCGUCCAAAAGGAGCGCUAUGAUUAUGCCAAGAAACUAAAACAAGCUAUUGCCGAUUUGCAAAAGGUUGGUGAGCGUCUUGGGAGGUACGAGGUAGAAAAGCGCUGUGCCGUGGAGAAAGAAGACUACGAUCUUGCCAAAGAGAAGAAGCAGCAGAUGGAGCAGUACCGCGCUGAGGUAUAUGCGCAGCUGGAGCUGCACAGCCUCAUGGACGCCGAGCUGAUGCGAAGACCUUUUGAUUUACCCCCGCAGCCCCUCGUUCCUUCUGGCAGUCCUCGCCACCGAAAGCCAGUGCCCUCGCUCCCACAGCUGGAAGAAAGAGGAACAGAAAACCGGUUUGCAGAGCCUUUCCUUCAGGAAAAGGCUUCGUCGUGUUCUGUAACCAUUUCUCCUCAGCAUUCUCUAGCAGACCAGUUACUGCCUGCCACAGACCCUCAUCCAAAGAUCAAUGUGGAGCCCCUUCCCUACGACGAGCGGCCCCUUCCAGCUAUUCGCAAGCAACAGGGGGAAGCGCUGGCAGAGCCAGAAAUGAGUGACGCAGACACCGGCGAUGCUCAGAGAGGGGGCGUUUCAGGGGAGCCGGAGCCCUUAACAGAGAAGGCCUUGAGAGAAGCCAGCACUGCCAUCGAAGUGUUAGGCGAAACCUUGGUUGCCGGGGCCUAUUCCAAGGUAUGGUCCUAUCGAGAGGACGCGCUGCUCACUUUGUACCAGAAGCUGAUGGAGAUGCCUGUUGGAACACCAAAAGAAGAUCUAAAGAACACACUGAGAGCGUCCAUCUUUGUCAUCAGAAAAGCCAUAAAGGACAUUGUGAGCCCAGUCUUUCAGGCUUCUUUGAAGUUGUUGAAAAUGAUCAUUACACAGUACAUCCCUAAACACAGGCUGAGCAAACUUGAGACCACUCACUGUGUGGAGAGGACCGUCCCGCUUUUGCUCUCCAGGACUGGGGAUUCUUCUGCCCGCCUCCGAAUCAUGGCUUUGAAUUUCAUUCAGGAAAUGGCUUUGUUUAAGGAAGUGAAGUGUCUCCAGAUCAUUCCGUCUUACCUGGUGCAGCCACUGAAGGCAAACUCUUCGGUCCAUCUGGCAAUGAGUCAGGUGGACCUCCUGGCCCGGCUGCUCAAAGACCUGGGCACCAGGAGCUCCGGCCUCACUGUCGAGAACGUGAUGAAGUUUUCAGUGAGUGCCCUGGAGCAUAGAGUGUAUGAGGUUCGAGAAACAGCGGUUAGAAUUAUUUUGGACAUGUAUAAACAGCACCAGACUUUUAUUCUAGAAUACCUUCCUCCCGAUGACAGCAACACACGCAAGAAUGUUCUCUACAAAACAAUUUUUGAGGGAUUUGCUAAAAUAGAUGGCAGACCUACAGAUGCUGAAAUUAGGGCGCAGAAAAAAGCAGCUACAGAAGAAGCAGAAAAACAAAGGAAAGAAGAAAUAAAAGCUUUGCAAGAGCAGCUGGCAGCGCUGAAAGAAAUUCAGGCUGAAGUCCAGGAAAAAGAAAGCGACGCUGUGAAGCCAAAGAAUCAGGACGCUCAAGGACGGAGAGCGGCCCCGCCCGAAGCUCUGGAGGUCCCAGACAACCACUACUUGGAUAAUUUGUGUAUUUUCUGUGGGGAAAGGAGCGAAUCCUUCACAGAGGAAGGCCUGGACCUGCACUACUGGAAGCACUGUCUCAUGCUGGCCAGAUGUGACCACUGCAAACAGGUGGUCGAGAUUUCCAGCCUAACGGAGCACCUGCUGACAGAAUGUGACAAAAAAGACAGGUUUGGGAAGUGCUAUCGCUGCAGCGAGGCUGUUCUGAAGGAAGAGCUGCCCAGACACAUAAAAAUCAAGGACUGCAACCCAGCCAAGUCAGAGAAGCUGGCAAACCGAUGUCCUCUGUGCCAUGAGAAUUUCACACCUGGAGAAGAGGCGUGGAAAGCUCACCUGAUGGGCGCUGCUGGCUGCACGAUGAACCUGCGCAAGACACACGUUCUGCAGAAGGCCCAGGCGCUGCAGCCAGGGAAAGGCCCAGCCGUGGCCAAAUCAGGCACCUCAGGAUGGAAGGUGGGAAGCAAGAUCCCGACCCCAAGGGGAGGCCUGAGUAAAAGCUCUGGCAGGACGUACACAAAGCGAUGACACGACAGCCAUUCCGUCUCUCUCCAGGGGACUGGGCGAGUCUCCGGAUCCUGAACCAUUUCUCCUAACCACUCUCUUCGGCCGUGGCGACCCAUACCCUGGCUACACUGCCCCCGGCCCCCAGCCACGCGCAACCUCGUGCGUGUCACGUCCUGCCAGCUCUCAUGCAGAGGACGUGUGUGAAACUGACCAAAGAGCCUGUGCCCCGGAGCCAGGACCUGCCCACACUGUGUGCCGAGCUUUCAGGUUGACCAUCUCAGGCCUCCAUCAGAAACAGAAGAGUAACCGCUGUUUGGAGAGAGCCAGACGUCACUGCGCGGGAGGCGCCACAGCGGCCCCCAGGCGGGCCAGCACACGCGCGGCAUCCGCUCUCCUUGCUUGCUCGGAGCAAUUUCCAUAAAAAAUUUACCAUAAACCUUUUGCAUAUUGGUCUCUGUCCCACGUGGUAGACUUUCUGCAGGGCUGUGGCUCAGCUGGGCAGUGUCCCAGGAGAGUGACGGCGUGCACAGGCGUCUAACCGUGCCACCUUCUCCCUGCGGGCCCUGCCUGCCAGGCUUUCAGCCGCAUACACUAGUCACGGGGGCGGGGUUCCAGUAUCUGUAGAACUCACGUCUCCACGGUCACGAGAAGUAAAGGUACAAAAGAAAAUCUAAAAAAGUAGUAACUGAGAAUUGGUCCCACUUGCUCGAUGCUUCUUAAAUAGCACUGUCUCUGCCACAGACGCUGCCCCCACCUGACCCCAGCUCUGCGGUCCCCACCUAGAACUGAGGUUGACACCGAUGUAGGCCCGUGUCAUGCCUUUGCUCAGAGGUGCUUCAGAUUCUCCACACUUUUGAAUUCCUGAAGGAAAACACUGUUAAGUGACCCGAUUGCCCUGUGCUCGCCUGACUGACGGCGUGUGUGGUCAGCUCCCUUCCUUACAGCCCCAUUUAGAUUCUGCGCUGGAAUGACGUCCGCUUCUGUCUGACAAGCGGAGUCUUCAGCACAAAUCCACAGGCUCAAAAUCUUUCUGGCCUGGGUCUGUCGUCUGGUCCCUUUCAAAUCCAUAGUAUAAUCGGAACUGUAAGUUGACUUUUUUCAAACAGUCCAUAGUAUGUUUAAAAUAUCAAAACUUUGCUUAAAAUGGUGAAACCAAACCUCAAGAAACAGUCCCCUAAGCAGGUCCUAACCUACCGUCCCGUCCUGUGGUCCUGUGGAAGUGAGUUUCCUCCCACUAACUUUUGUCGGACACGCGUCAUCCAGGCUGCUAGAGGGAGAGUCAGGGUCUGUCCGAAACCUGCCUGGAAACACCGUCUUUGUCCGUCACCGUCUGCUCCCCGGGUGCGGCCUACUGCAGACUAAGGGACAGUCGCUUCUCUGCUGGCCCCACCCAGCGACCAGGGCUUGUGCCUUCUUCGUGAGUGUCAGGUGGGCAGACUUUCACAAUGCCAGUCAGAAAUGUUUGGGGUUGAUGAGAUUUGUGUUAUGCAAUUAGUAUAUAAAUAUUUUUUAAUUCGCAACCAUGUGAAACAAAUGUAAACACUAACAGCUAUUUGAGCAGCAUACUCCCUGGAUAUGUUCGUAACCAUGAUUUGCAUUAAUCCAUCUUCUGUAAACCAACACCUUCUGGUAUGGUCGACUGAAAAUACCAAGUGAGAAUAAGACCAACCAGGAAAAAAA